AGGGAUGGUACGAGAUAAUACUAUAUCGUACCAGUUUAGUAAUGGUAUACGACACAAAAGAUGUAACGGCACUCAAUGCGCUAAAAAAGUUUCAUACUGUAUCAAGUAGUGAAUCUUGACCGCGAGACUUAUUAAUUUGGAUUAGAUAAUGGGAAAGACUUAGCAACGGGAAUCUCGGAUUCGGCGUCGAUCGGAUUUGAGAAGCUUCGAAACCAACUGCAAGCAAUUAGGUGAAUUAGGCAGUCAGAAAAGCAUCCAAGUUCAGUUGCAGAUGGUUUUGGUCGGGAUGUUCGGGUUUGUCAGAAACUGGACCUAAUUGGAUUACAUGGUCCCAGACGUACAUAAUUAGCCCACCGGUGCGACUACGUGGUCAAUUAGUUGCAGUCAACUGUGAUUAGGCUCACAGAGAUCUAUCCAUCUGAGCCAUCCAUCAACCCCAAGCACCUACUCCAAAUGGACAGUCGGUUGCAGCAGCAGCAGGCUUUAGGAGUAGCCACGUAAACGCAGCAAGAGAAACGUGUCGCCAAGAGCUCUCCUUCUCACCUGCUCACUUGCACCUCUAAAUUGAGCACAUUAGUUUCAGCAUCACCUCACCUCAGUGCAGAGAGAGAGAGAUGGCACAGAGCAAGGAUGAUAUCAAGCAUGGGACGGCCCAGGCAAAGCUAUCAGAAGAUGAGAUGCUGAGGGUGAGGUACAAGCAUGGCACCCCCCUGGAAGGUGGCAAGAUCGCCGAUUCCGAGCCUGUCGAUCUCUUCGCCGAUGCCCGGAGGAUCGCGAGGGAGAAGGAUGACGCUUCUGGCGGUGGAGGAGGAGAGAACAAGAGUAGCACAGCCAGGACUUCAGGCUCUUGAAGUAAUAGUAGUGCAUCAGUGGUGGUUUGUUCUUUGUUGCAUGCGUGCUUGGUGUUCUGUCAUCAGCCAGUGUCUCUUUUGAAUAAGAUGGUCUCUGGAGGAUAGGAAUAUAAGGGUUUCCGUGUCGAAUGCUUCUUGGCCACUUAAUAAGAUGAUGGUUGUGAGUGAUGCUCGGCUUUUUCUUUGCCAUGGUGACUAAUGAUUUGUUAGUUGAACACUGAAGAAAGAAUGGGAAGCAGUGUAAGGACUGUGUGAAUCCUACGUGGCUUAUAGACUAUGAUAUUUGCAGGAAUAUCGUAGUAGUCCAAAUAUUUAGUUAUUUCUCAU